AUUAGUAUUGUUGUUGAUCUCAUUUCGGGGAUCGGAAAGGAAAAGUUUCUUCGAAGUUUGAUCCUCAUCGUCAAAUCGCCAUAAAUUUUUUUGUCAAUCUUUGCUUUUUCAGAAGUUUGGGCUUUCUUUUGUUCAGAUGGUGUUAGUUCUAGCAUUAGGUGAUCUUCACAUCCCUCACAGGGCAGCUGAUCUCCCUGCAAAGUUUAAGUCGAUGCUCGUUCCUGGCAAGAUUCAACAGAUAAUAUGUACUGGAAAUUUAUGCAUUAAGGAGAUCCAUGAUUACUUGAAGAGCCUUUGUCCCGACUUGCACAUUACUCGUGGUGAAUAUGAUGAGGAUGCUCGUUAUCCGGAGACCAAGACUCUUACAAUUGGUCAAUUCAAGCUUGGACUAUGCCAUGGUCACCAGGUUGUUCCAUGGGGUGACCUGGAUUCGUUAGCCAUGCUCCAGAGGCAAUUGGACGUCGACAUUCUUGUGACGGGGCACACACACCAGUUCAAGGCCUACAAGCACGAGGGAGGCGUCGUCAUCAACCCUGGCUCAGCAACCGGUGCCUUCAGCAGCAUCACCUACGAUGUGAAUCCUAGCUUUGUCCUCAUGGACAUUGACGGUCUCCGUGUGGUUGUAUAUGUCUACGAGCUCAUUGACGGAGAAGUUAAGGUUGACAAGAUUGAUUUCAAGAAGUCGACUGCUGCACAAUCCGCUCACUAAAUUUUCUUUGAGCGCAUCUUAAUUUCGUUUUGACUCGAGCGUCUGAUUGGUGAAGUGCAUUUGUAUCUUGGAAACAGAGAGUUUUUUUGGUUGUUUGUUUCACCGAAAAUAGAAACGUUUCCUCAUGAUGUGUGCAUUUAUGCUAGGGGAUUCGAUCGUCAAAUAUACAUGUAGCGCUGUUAACUUUGCGGUGCUGUCUA